CCGGAUGUAUUGCAAUAUACUGAACAAGACUGGUUACUCGCAUCAAUGCAUCUGUCUCGUCAUUUAACGUUCAAACAGCUGUGACCGGCCUCACACUCCAGUAUAGUGGGUGGCAGUGUAUGCAACUUGCAGUAGGUUGUGGUCCACUUAUACCAUUUUAAAGAAGAAGAAGUUGACCAUUUUUGAUGACGUUUAUUGUAUCGAUUUGGAAGUCCAUGUAGCGAUAUGUGUUGAUAAAAAGGCACAUAUUUACGCAUUACAACGAUUUAUUUGGCUACAAGUUAUAUUUUAUAAGGUCUAUUUAUCCUGCCACUGCCAGGACUAUUUUUAAGGGACACACUUUUCACGCCACUUCGAUACAUAGUUAUUUUCCUAGCCGGUUAAGAGAGUCUUUUCGCUAACCCUAACCCUUUUCCUAACAUUAAGCUCAGGAACCUGCUACGUUAAUUCUCCUGACAUACUAAGUAAAGUAUUAUAAUUUACUGCGUACGUUCUCCUAACCUGCAACGAAAAAGUUACUUCGGUAUCGAAGUGGGGUGACCAUAGUGUCUUUAAACUCUGAGAACCAUGUCGCUUUACGACGACAUGGGCGUCGGGAGUGCGACCAGUGACACCAAGACCGAGGGCUGGUCCAAGAAUUUUAAGCUACUGCAGUCACAGCUGAAAGUAAAGAAGGCAGCUCUGACUCAGGCUAAGAGUCAGCGGAUGAAGCAGGGUACUGUCCUGGCUCCAGUCAUCGACUUAAAGAGAGGAGGUUCCGCUGAUGACAGACAGAUAAUAGACACACCCCCACACAUUGCAGCAGGACUCAAGGACACAGCACCCAGCGUGUUCUCCUCGGGGGACGCUCUAAUCCCCCUGGCUGAUGAGUAUGACCCCAUGUUCCCCAACGACUACGAGAAGGUGGUGAAGAGACACCGCGAGGAGAGGCAAAGGCAGAGGGAGCAGGAACGACUGAAGGAGAUAGAGGAAAGAGAGAAGAAGAGGAAGGACCGACACGAGGGCAGCAGCGCUCCGAGUGGAUUCUCCCGCUUCCCCGCGGCAGAGGGAGAGUCAGAUGAGGAGGAGGAGGACUAUGAGAAGGAGAAGAGGAAAAGGAGUAUGGGUGGCGCAGCCAUCGCCCCACCCUCAUCGCUCGUGGAUAGUAGAGACAGCUCGUCAUACUCCUAUGAGGAUGACAUGCGACCCUCCCGUGGUUCUAAAGCAGCCAUCCCUCCCCCCAUGUACGAGGACUCCGACCGCCCCCGCUCGCCACCUGGCGGUCCCACCAACUCAUUCCUGGCCAACAUGGGAGGGACCGUGGCCCAUAAGAUCAUGCAGAAGUAUGGCUUCCGGGAGGGCCAGGGCCUGGGCAAACACGAGCAGGGUCUCAGCACGGCCCUGUCUGUAGAGAAGACCAGCAAGAGGGGUGGCAAGAUCAUCAUAGGAGACGCCACUGAGAAGACACCAGGAUCCAGUAGCCAGACGGCAGCAGCUGAGCCUUUAGGCUGGGGCUCGGCUUCAAUAGUGGACCCCUCCAAGAAGUCAGAGGCCAACCCCCUCACAGAGAUCCUCAAAUGCCCCACCAAAGUCGUGCUGCUACGGAACAUGGUGGGCAGAGGAGAGGUAGAUGACGAUUUGGAAGGGGAGACCAAAGAAGAGUGUGAGAAAUACGGCAAGGUCAUCAAAUGUGUCAUCUUUGAGAUUGCCCAGGUGACCGAUGAUGAAGCUGUGAGGAUAUUUCUGGAGUUUGAGAGAGUCGAGUCUGCCAUCAAAGCUGUGGUGGAUCUGAACGGGAGGUUCUUUGGUGGUCGGGUGGUCAAAGCCUGCUUCUAUAACCAGGAUAAAUUCAGAGUGUUGGACCUGGGAGAGCAGAUGUGAGACGGUCCAUCCCACCUGAACCGUUAUGACCCGCCUCAUCCAUACUCACAGGGACAGAAGAAGUGCUCUGACACACACUGGCAAUCACCAGUAGCUCUUUCUGUUUCUAAGUAGCCCAAACAUUUAUACUCUCAACAGCAGCACAAUGUGUCUGUAUUUUGAAGAGUUUCACUUGUAGUUUCUGUUUUGCCAGCAGAAAAAUCAUGUAUGUGAGAUAAUGAACUACUGUCUUGGUUUCUGUGUCCUAGUAUGAACCUGUACAAUUGAAACCAGGAAAUAAAUGUUCCUUUUUGUUUAAAA